AAACGUCGCCCCAUUUCCAACUCAUUCCUGAAGUUAACCACUCAUGCAUUUCAAUACCUGCAGCAGUUGAAUGGAUCGUGGCGUAGUCAGUCAGUCGUAUGUGCUUCAGGUUGCCACGUCCCAAUAUCCGUGGACAGAAUAUCCCGUUUUUGGACCGCACUGCAUGUGUUCACCUAGACAGUUAUCUGAGUCUCGAUAGACAUAUAUGUUCGCUCCGGAUUUGAAGUUCUGUAUCUUUGCCUCGUUUCCCGCAGUUCACAUCAUUGUCUAGCCUCAUAUCCUCUUGGGUACACUAGACCCUUAUCCCGAUUAGGAUGUCCAUACACGCCGUCAAACGAGCACAAUGCCAUCUGGCUUGGGACAAUAGUAUUCCUCCAGUCUUGCGCGUUGAAUCUGGAGAGACAGUCUCGUUCGAAUGUCUCGACGCCUCGAACGGACAGGUAACGCCGGAUACAGUCGCUUCUUUACUCGCCACCCUUGAUAUCGCCACCCUGGAUCAAGUAAAUGGACCUGUAUACGUUAGCUCGGCCCUUCCAGGCGAUACGCUGCAGAUUGACGUCGUGGAUAUCGAAACUGCAGAAUGGGGUUGGACUGGGAUCAUACCAGGAUUCGGCCUACUUGCAGAUGAAUUCCCUGACCCAGCAUUGAAGAUCUGGACCUUAAAUCGGACGAGUGGAGAGGGUUCGGAUGGCGGAUAUGGUCACGCUUGGUUUGAUGAGAAGAAAGGAAUCAAGAUCCCUUUGAAGCCUUUCGCUGGCGAGAUGGGCGUGGCACCUGCUGAGAAGGGUGCUUUCUCCACGAUUCCACCGUAUAGGACUGGAGGAAACAUCGAUACGAAACAUCUUAGUAAAGGUUCAACUCUCUACUUGCCGGUUGGGGUCGAAGGGGCUCUUUUUUCUGUCGGUGAUGGUCAUGCAGCUCAAGGUGAUGGAGAGGUCUGCGGUACCGCGAUUGAAACGUCGAUGAGAGUCACCGUGCGACUCACUGUAUUGAAGGACAAACCAUAUGUCCAAACGCCGCACUUCUCAACUUCCCCAUCGAAGGACGAAUCUGGUGGCUAUUAUUGCACAACAGGUAUUGGUCCAGAGAUACGCGAAGCGACGCGUGACGCUGUCCGACAUAUGAUCUCUUUGUUAACGGCAGAACAUAGCCUAGACCGUGUUGAAGCCUAUAUGUUAUGCAGCGUUGCAGGUGAUCUUCGAAUGCACGAAGUCGUGGACAUGCCAAAUUAUGUGAUUGGGUUAAUGCUACCCAAAUCGAUCUUUGGACAUGCAUUACCAUAGGUCUAGGUCACACAAGAGUUCAGGUUGACAUUGAUACAUUGAUAGUUGCGUUGCAAAAAGACAUGAGCAAAUCUUUCUAUGAUUUUAUGAUUGGCUAUCGCUAUACAAUAUACGCAACGUUCAAACCCG